CUUCGUUUGGAUCAUGUGAUGCUGUGCCACGAGUCAGUCUCACAGUGGAAACAAUCACCCCCAUUUAACACGUGCCGUCCGUUCUGCUUGCCACCGCCAUGCAUGCGGCGGCGCCGCCCACGUACCCUUAUCCCCACCGGGCCCAUGCUCUAGCUAUUCAUCUUUAAGAACUUGAAUCAAUUCUUCUUACCUCAGAUUAUUAUCCAUCCGUAUCACAUUUCUCCAAGGUGCGUGAAGAUUCAUUAUCCGAAACAAUAGAAUGGAUGAGAAACAGAUUCUUCAAGGGCAUGAUGAUGGUCAAACCCACACUAGAGGAGGUCUGCUGCGCUCAUCAGUGGUUCAGGAGGAAGAGAGCGGUGGUCAUGACGAGCAUCAUCAUGACAAGAAAUCCGUGAUGCAGAAAGUGAAGGAGAAGGCCAAAAAGAUAAAGGACACCCUCAAGCAUCACGGCCAUGCCCACGAUCACGACGGUGAUGAAUCGCUCGAGGACGAUGACGAAAUGGAGGUCGACCCAGACGUCCAUGGUGGUCAUAUUGGCGGCACUGCCAUUCGCCACAAAACCCUUGAUGAUUUUGGAGAUGUGGAGAAGCCCAUCGUUAAACCAAAUAGUCCCAGGAAGGAUCAUCAUGGAUUAGGGUUGAAAGAUGAAGGAAUUAUCAAACCUGAUGAAGAAUUAGAGUCCAAACAUACUAGAGGAAUCACCCGUGUGCCUUUACAUAAGUACCAUCAACCAUUCGUUUCUGAAGCUAAUAAUCAAAGCUCUGCCCAUGGAAACCCCGGAGAUCUUUUGCAGCCUGAGGUGACCAAAAUUGGUGCACCCAUCGGUCUAGAGGAGGAUCGUCAAGCCCCGUCGGACCAUCACCUCCUGCCAUCGAACUACCAGAGUAAAAUCGUUGAUCCAACUGGUGCGGGAGGUGAGCAGGCUAGGAUUAGUCCGCUUAUUCAGUCAUUUGAGAAGAUGGAAGUUGGUAAGCCAGAAUCAAGAACAGCAACCGGAAGCCAUGACCAGUUUGCUCCGGAUCAACCCGUGGCUGUAGACUUGGUGUCAUCAAAAGACACUGAAUCAAUCCCAAAGAGAUUUGAUCCUAGCAAACCCGAAGACCUUCCUGUUGAUCCAGUUGAUGGGAGACCAUCAGCUCCACAAGGAGGAAGCUAUGCUGGGAAAAGUGCCGAGUAUGCAAAGAGUGCAGCAAUUGCAGUGGCUGAGAAACUGGCACCAGUCUAUGGGAAGGUGGCAGGUGCUGGAAGUGCUGUGAUGGAAAAACUUCCUCUACCCGGUGGGAGUGGACAGCGGGUAAAGGAAACUAGCAGAGAUGAACAUGACAAGCAGGGAGGAGGAAAGAGCGUUACAAGCACAGUGAAGGAGAAACUAGCACCUGUUUAUGAUAGAGUAACAGCUGCAGGAAGUACAUUGAUGUCAAAAGUUCAAGGCCCAGGAACAGGUCAGGCUAUAGUGAAAGAAGGAAAUGAGGAAAAUGUUAGGAGUGACAAAGGAGUGUCUAUGAAGGAGUACUUUGCAGAAAAACUAAAGCCCGGGGAGGAAGACAAAGCCCUGUCUGACAUGAUUUCGGGAACCCUUUCAAGGCAGAGGGCAGAGAAAACAGGGGAAUCUGGGAAAGAUCUUAGGCCAAUGGGUAGAGUGACUGAAUCCGAGAAAGUUGCAAAAAGAUUGGGUCCUAUUGAUGAUACACCAAAAGAGGGAAGCGAAGAGAAGGGAAUGGUGGAUAUGUUGAAAGGUGCAGUUAACUCAUGGCUUGGGAGAGACGAUGAGUUGAAGGCUGCCACACAUCACACAGAUGAAAAAGGGGUUGGAGUCUCCAGAGCUGAAGAGGUUCAUGAUGAGAAUGCAAUGGGUGAGAGAAGAAGACUUCAGGAGUCUGGGCAGUGAAGAACAUUAUAUAUAUAGUCUGGGAAGGGAUUUGUUUUUGUGGUGGGUGGUGUUUGUGUAUAUACAGUUAUAUGUAUGAAGCCUCGUGCUCUGUGUAAUAAGUGGUUUGCAUGACUGAAACUAAAUCAAGUAUUUUGAAGGAAAUGGGGGAUUGUGUGCUAUUUAACCUGGACUUUCAUCCAUUUGUCUUGAAUCUUGAUCCUCAACUUCAAUUCUUCAAACACAUGCAUUGCAUGGUUUCUGAGUAAGGUCAAAGUGAGAUGACCAGUGGGAGGACUUUUUUUUUUUUGAAGAGAUGACCAGUGGGAAGGCUUUAAGCAUUCGAGUUUCCAACGAAAAUGGUAAAAUCUUCUAACAAGUUGUCAUGGCUUCAGCCUACCAUAGUCUGUCUACCAUAGUCUGUGCAUAGAUAAGGAAUAUCCAGUGUUUUUGACCUAGUUGUCAUUAGGGAUAGACCGAGACGUGUUGGCCCGGGUUUAGGCCCGGCCUGGGCCGCUAAUGUAUAGG